GAAUCGAUGUGAGAUAUUUGUUAAUUACGUUGGUGAGUAUGGACUGGAUCUGCAGUUCCGUAAAAUAUAGUGCUAUCAAAAUUGUCUAACUAUUAUAUUGCCAGUUCAUUGAACACAUUAUAAUACCGUUUGGCCGAGAGCUCAAGGUUAAGAAAUGAUUUUUCUCGGAAUGUGAUGCAAUUUCAAAUUUUUGGAAUUUGCCGUUAGGAUUCUGCCUCGAUGACGAAUUUGUUUGGCACACGCCGUUCCUUAUCUUCUCUCAGAAUCAAUAGAACAAACAUUGACGGGAAUCGGCACGAGAAUGUGAGUGCGAGGUUAUCAAAAGCAGGCUGCAUGUAUUACAAUAUAAUCAUGUGCUUCUAACAGAACUGAAAGAUUGAUGAAUACUGAACGUUAGUUAUUUUACGCACUGUGGUCAAUUGUAAAGAAGCUCUUAUCCCAUGUAUAUAAUAGUCACUACAACGGGAGCAAGAGCCAGGGCGGGGCACCAGUGGGGAUUUAAAGUUUUACAUGGGAAUACUUUCUACAGCGAAGUUAUUCACACUGGAAAAAUAAAUGAUUGAACAAUGCACUGGUUUACAUUUCUUCUUUUUGACUUUGUAAAUCCACGUGGUCUAUUAAGGGAUAUGACCCAUCCAGUCCAGACAUGUCCUACGAACGAAUCCGACGUAAGGCUGUCCUCAGACCGGCUUGGCUGUAAUGACACCUACAUAUAUAUGUGUGUGCCUAAUACAGACCUAUCGUCCCUGGUGGAACUCUGUUAUGUUAAUGGAACGGGUCAAAAAGGUCACUGUUUGAAACUUUCCAUCGACGGAUACAUGGACAGUGUGAAAUGUGAUCACUUUCUGUCGGGAUGUCCUGAUAGGCCUUAUUAUGGAACUCAACUUUAUCAGUACCCCAUGUGCCUGGAUAUAUACACCAGUUUACAGUGUUUCACAGCAGAUGUCCAAUGUGUGAAAGAAAGACUAGGUAAUGCAUCAAUUCUGUGGAAGUCAGAUUUACCAUCCGAUUACAACAAUACCAACAACAAGAAUGCAUGCAGGGACAUGAGACUUCUGGCAGUGUGGACCACAAUAGCGACAAUAAUAAGUUGUAUAGCUUGCUUUCACAAAGUAAAGCGGUAUUUUAAGUCUGAACCUGAGAUGACUGUUUCACAAAAAAUAAAACAAGCAUGCAGGGACGGAAACGCUGAGUUGUACUUCGACUUGAGUGGGGUCAUCACCUGUAUUUCAGUCAAUACAGAGGUGGACAAAGAUGGUUGGUCUAUUCUACAUCAUGCAGCAUAUGGGGGUAAUGAGAAGAUCUUUGAAUAUCUUCUUAAACAAGAAAACAUGGAUGUCUCCAAAAUAACCUUAAACAAGGAAUCAGUUUUGCAUGUGGCUGCGAAGUAUGGUAAUACAGAAAUAUGUAAGCUACUCAAACGGAACAAAGCCUACAAAAAUCUCAUUGAUCAAAAGGACUGUAAUCAGAUGAAUCCUUUCCAUGUCGCGGCUCGAUACGGUCAUCUAGAUAUUCUUAAAUUAAUGGAGGAUUCAGGGUGUAAUAUUUUAGAGAAAGUAGGUAAAUCUCAGGAAAAUAUAGCCAUGUUUUCUUGCAUUGGAAGAAGUCUCGAAGUUUUGAAAUAUAUCGGUAACAGUCCGUUGUUUAAAAAUGCAUUAAAGGCAACAAAUUAUGAAGGGUGGAAUGUGGCACACUAUGCUGCUAAAAUGGGCCAUUGUGAUAUGCUGAAAUACCUGAUAGAUGAAAUGGAAGUUGAUGGAAUUAAUAAAUCAGAGAAAAAGAAAAAUUGUCUGCAUACAGCUUGUGAAAAGGGUCAUUACGAGACUUGCGAAUACUUAGUAAAAACGGUCACUGGAAUUUUACCUUUGAAAGAUGAUAGUGGGAAACAUGCUGCACAUUUUGCUGCUAUGAGUGGAAGCGUGAAAAUUAUGAAAUUUCUUGAGAAAAGUGGAAUACCCAUCGAAGAUACAGAUGAAGAAAAUUUAAGUGUUUUACAUAUAGCUUGUCAACAUGCUCGACUGGAUUUGUGUACACACAUCAUACAGAAAUACCCACAGCUUCUAAACGUGGAAACGAAGAGAUCUUGGAACGCAGCUUUGUUUACUGUAGAGAGACAGGGAGACGAGGAGAAGCGAAUCAAAAUAUUUGACUUACUGAAAAAUAAUGGUAUCAAAUGUUAUCAUGUAUCGGGUUCUGGAAAAACCGCUCUCUACCUGGCUUGCAGAAACAAAUCCUUCACAUUGUUAGAACACUUACUGAAACGAUAUCCAAAAUUUAACGAAACUGAAAGAGCCAUGGACCCUAUCGAGGCCGCGGACGGUGAUAGCAGGAUCAUUAAGUUAUUCAGAAAAUACCAAAAUGGCAACGGGAGAUUCAGCUUUAGAAAUUAUCCAUGUGUAAUAUCUUGAUUGCAUUGCCCAAUUUUGGCCUUAUUUUGCUCGUUGUUGUCAUAGUUUCUUGUUAACAAAGACAUAUUAUUUAGUGUUUUCUUUGGUACAUAUGUGAGAACUAAUUGAUUUGUAACAUAUUUUACUGCUUUUACACUCGAUGUGAUUUUCAUUGAUUUUCUUCGCAUUUGUAUUGUUUCCCCAAUUUAGAGCCAAUUUGUCGAAUUACGAAUUCGUUCAAUGGACCAGACUCGCAAAGCCUAUAUACUGUACGUAGAUUUAAUGGUAGUUCGUUCUAAAUAUAAAUGCAUUACAUGCAUCAUUUGGGAAUUCAACUGAUCACGUUUGCUUUUUGAAAAAGAUAAAAAUCUUAAAAAUCACGCUUCCGUUUUAAACACACUUGAUAUCUCUGUCAAGGGAACGAAUAAAAGUUGUUUUACCUACAAUGGAUUCCAACACUUCUCAAAACCCUCCCAGACAUAGGCACCUUGUUGUACUCCGUAAAUGUCUCUAUCUUUGUUCAAGAAAAUAUCAGCUGCAAGUAAAUCAAAUGUAAAAUCUCAAACAUUUAAAAAAAGCUCUUGUAAAUUUGAAAUCACAAAACUUUUCUAAAAUCGACAUCAAAAUUUAUGACUUUUCAACACAUAUAUUACAUCUUGUGACAAGUCACCCAAAGAAUUACUUUGUUAAAUACCACUCUAUGCACAAGUACUGUGAAGUUGAUAAGAAGAAUUACGCAUUAGUCUUGGUGAUUAUAUCACCAGCCUCUGAUAUAGAUUUUAUAUUAUUAAGAGGCAGAAUGCAUUCAGAAGCUCCUACAUGAGAAGACAAAAUCGUUAAAAUGAUCUUAUUUGCAAAACCAAGUUAUCACCGGGUCAAACGCUGUCUUACGUGUUUCAUAUUAAAUGUCAGGUCAUUUUGUGCAUGCGACUGGUUUUGACUAUAUAUUGCUCCGUUUGACUGAUCAAGAUAUAGGGCUCAUGGUGGAUGUGGCCAGUUGCCAGGGGAUGCUUACUCCUCUUAGGGAUUUUAUUCCAUAUCUGGUAUUUCCAAUAGUUCGUGUUUGAGCUACUCUCAAUGUUGUAUUCCUUAUAGGACUUCUAAGAUUGAUCACUUUUCGUUAUCUUUCUCUUUUCAACCUGUUUAAUCUGCUGCUUAACAUAAUAAAAGUACUGAUAGACGGU